AUGGGGCACGGGGACGCAGACUGGGAUUGGGCAGACCCGUGGGGGCAAGGAGCUUCGUGGGGUGCCCCAGGGUGGGCGCCAGGCGCGGAACGAACGCCGGAAAGUCAACCCGGCGGGUCGCCGCCCCCCGCUCCCAGCCAUACCUCCAAGGAAGAGUUGGACGGGGGGCACCCAAUUGGAUCGGUCCCCGACGGUGCGGGGGUGGCGGGGAGCGGGUGGGGCCGACACCACUCCGGCGGGGGCGAGCGGCCGGGUGUUGCGCCGACGGUGGCGGCCGGUGCUGCGCUCGGCGCUGGUGGCGAAGCUACCGCCGAUGCCGCUGAGAAGGGGGCCACGCGGAACGAGGGGGGGGUGACGGAGUUGGCGCGGGCGUUGGCGGAGGCGGCGACCGAGCUGGAAGAAGCGCGAAAGGUCCAAGCGGAGCUUCGACAACCAACAAGAAGGGCACUACCCGCUUCAAGGGCACCAUGGUUUGUCAGAAGCGUGGUGCCCGGCAAAAGGACCGCUCUCAAGGAGGAGGAGGAAGGAAAGGCGGCGGCGCUGGCGGCGGCCACAGCCGCGGAGGAAAAGACGGAGAAGGCAGAGGCGUUCGCCCUGCGGCAGGCGGAGUCGGCCAAGGAGAACGCUACGGCGGCGGGGCAGUGGCUUGUCUCGCUAGGGUUGGAGCGGGAGGAGCUCAAGGGGCAGCUCGCGGCGGCGCAGACGAACAGCACCUCGCUGCUGGAGGAGCUGUCGGCUUUGAAGGAGAGCGCGGUAGAGGCCGAGCUGCGGGCUAACUCUUCGGAGGCGAAGCUGAGGAUGGCCAUGGAAGACAUCGAGGUGUUGGAUGAGGGCCUGAAGCUUUUCAUGGACGGGGAUGGACAGCCGCGGCAGCAGUCCUCGCGGGCCGGCCCGCUGUCGUGGAGGCGUGUCUCCGAAGCUUACCUCCGCCCGCUGUUACCUUCCAAGCUUAAGGCCCCCACCCCGGAGGAGCUGGAGGCACUCAAGCUUAACCGCUCCCUCGGACGGGCCCUCGAGAACAACACCGCUCUCGCUGAGGCUGUGAGCAGCAAGGACGAUUUGGUCAAGGAGCUCAACUCGCGAAUCAAGCAGUUCCAGCUGCACGCGGUCCGCAGAAAGAAGGGAUACCGGGCGCUCAAGCUUGGUCUGGCGGAGCUUACGAACGAGGUCCAGGCUAAAGAGACGAUGAUGACUAUUCUGACGGUCUGCAUGCUGGGGACAAGCUCCAUCUUGGAAGGCAUGGACGCCACGCUCGAUGCUCAGGCGGAGGCUGAUUUUGGGGUGUCUUCGGCUGGUUUUGAGGUGUGA